CAGUGAGCGUUGGCUGGUCUUCUCUCGUUUCUUUUCUUACUAUUUGCUCUCUCCCUCUGAAGCCUAGAAACCUCUCUCUCUCUCUCUCUCUCUCUCUCUACAAGGGGUCGCCUGAGAUCACAUAAAAAAUGGUGAAGGCUGUUGCUGUAGUUGCUGGUGAUGUCGUGAAGGGCCAUGUUUUCUUCAGCCAAGAGGGAGAUGGCCCAACUACAGUAACCGGAAGUGUCUCUGGUCUGAAACCCGGGCUUCAUGGUUUCCAUGUUCAUGCUCUUGGUGACACCACAAAUGGGUGCAUGUCCACUGGACCUCAUUUCAAUCCUGCUGGAAAGGAACAUGGGGCACCUGAAGAUGAGAAUCGCCAUGCUGGUGACCUUGGAAAUGUGACUGUUGCUGAGGAUGGGACCGCUACUUUCAGUAUUACUGACAGUCAGAUUCCACUCACUGGGCCGAAUUCCAUUAUUGGAAGAGCUGUUGUUGUCCAUGCUGACCCUGAUGAUCUUGGAAAGGGUGGACACGAGCUUAGCAAAAGCACUGGAAAUGCUGGCGGAAGAGUUGGCUGUGGUAUCAUCGGACUUCAGGCUUGAGCAAUUAAAAACUUUGUUGUUGGCACUCGGAGUUGAAUCGUGACGCGAGGAUGAUACUAUCAUGUAUCACAAACGCAUGCUUCUUUGAUGUUUAGUGCUAUGCCGAAUAAGAAAACUUGUCGUGAUAUGCUGAAUAAGAGAACUUUUGGUUAUGUAACUGUUCUGUAUCCUGGGAGUUGCUCACUACGUUAAAAACUUUGCGAUGUUUGUUGCGGUAAGUGUUGUUGUUUUCGGUCUA